GUCAUUAUCUGUGGACAUGAAAAAUAAUAAUAAAAUAAAAACAAAAACGCAUACAAUAUACAAAGAUAUGUCCCUGUAAAAGUCAUUGCCAUUCACUUCGAUCCAACACAUGACUUUCUUUCCCUUCUUCCCGUCUAAGCUUCUUUUUUCUCUUUCUUUUCUUUCACUUUCUUUUCAACCAAACGAAUAAAUAUCAGUUGGUUUUCCUCCUUUUAUUUUCUUCUAAUAAUAUUUAUUUAUACGUGAGAGUUAGGUAUUUUUCCAAUUAUGCCAAAAAGAAACAAAAAAGAAAUUUUAUAAUUUGUUCUCUGUAUUAUCAAAUCAACGAUAAUCUGAGGCGUGGGUUUAAUUCAAUCUGGGAUUUGGUAUUUGAAAAAAAAAAUCCUUGAGGAAUUUUCGAAGCGGAUCUCUCUUGGAAGCUCUUCGUUGAGAAUUUGAUGGAUACCAAUAACUGGAGGCCUACUCCUGCCAGUGGAGAGCCCACCAUGGAUACAGGUGAUUGGAGAACCCAGUUGCAGCCUGAUUCACGACAAAGAAUUGUCAACAAGAUAAUGGACACAUUGAAGAGGCACCUUCCAUUUUCUGGCCAAGAGGGUUUAAAUGAACUCAGGAAAAUCGCAGUAAGGUUCGAGGAAAAGAUUUUUACAGCAGCAAACAGCCAGUCUGAUUAUCUAAGGAGAAUAUCCUUGAAGAUGCUUACUAUGGAGAACAAGUCUGAGAAUACCAUACCCAACACUGGGAAUAACAGCAAGGCCCCUGAUCCAGGUUGUGAGGGCAUGCAAAACCAAGUUCACAGUCAAGGGCAAUCAAUUCCUUUCCCAUUACAAAGUAAUAAGUCUCAAGCACAUCAACAACUGUUACCCCAGAGUGUUCCAAAUAACAUGUCAUCUGCUGGAGUUCAAAGUUCUACUGGUUUACAAUCUGGGAUGCCUUCUGUGUCUGGUCCAACCCAGAAUUCUAUACCUAAUGUUGUUGGCCAGAAUUCCAACAUGCAAAACUUGUCUGAAAUUUCACAGAACUCACUGGGGCAAGGGAUAUCUUCCAAUAUUUGUACUAAUCAUCAGAGGCAAAUGCAAGGAAGGCAACAGGUGCUACCGCAACAGCAGCAGCACCUUUGCUUGCAGGGUUCGAAAUUACCUGCACCUGACACACCUGGUAAUGGUAUGUCAACAUCACCUUUGCUUGCAGGGUUCGAAAAUGCUAAUGAUACUCACAGUAAUGCUUUAACAACUGAUUUUGGCGAGUCGAAGGAUACAGAAGAGCCACAUGUUCCCAGAGUUACCAUGGCUAAACCCAUGUCACUUAAAUCAUUGGAGGCAUCUAUUGUCGUCAUGGUUGAGGAGGCAGCCACUGCCGUUGGUGUGGAUAUGGCCGCCUUGAGCAAGGGUGGUCUGCAUCGAAGAAAUUUCUUUCCACAAACUGGAAUGACUGGAGCCGAGAAAAUGAGAUUCUACAUGAGUGCACUGGCUAUAUUAGCUCUAAUGUUUUGGUUCAUUAUAAUAGCAUCUGCAUGAGCAGUAGCAAACAAAUUUCCAAAGCUUUUAAUAUUUGGUUAAAGGAGGAAAGACGCAUUGGUUAUGGCAUGGAUUUCUCUCCUAAUAAGUCAUGACUAUUGACUGAUGAUACUAUUACGACAAAUUGUUGACAGGUGUUUGCUUAUUUAAAGGUUUUUGAACUUGUUUACAUUCCUAUCAAAUAUAUUAGGAGAUGCAUGCAUCAAAGUUCAUGCCGUUUAAGCCUCAGUGCAUGCAGUUUCUGACCAAUCUAGCCAUGUAAUAACACUAAUUAUCUAACUAAACACAUAAUUUGACCCUAGCUUUUUUUAUCAAGUGACAAGGGUGUUUAGGGUUUUAUGUUUGGGUCGAUCUAAGGUUAUUCAAUGCCUUUAGGUGAAGAGCCAUCUAGAUUAGAAAUACCUAGAUGUAAUAAGGGAUAAUGAUCACUUUUAUUUUUCAAGAGGAAAGAGAU